UUUGGUGGUGCUUCAGAGUAUUGUAAACGAGAGAUGAUGGCGAGUAUAAGGAGGAUCAAAUUGGGUUCACAAGGCCUGGAAGUGUCAGCCCAGGGACUUGGCUGCAUGGGCAUGUCGGCCGCCUAUGGCUCUCUAAAGCCUGAGGAGGAGAUGAUUGAUCUCAUCCACCAUUCCAUUAACACUGGUAUUACCUUCCUUGAUACCUCUGAUGUUUAUGGCCCCCACACCAAUGAAAUCCUUCUCGGAAAGGCUCUGAAGGAAGGAAUGAGAGAGAAAGUGGAAUUGGCUAGUAAGUUUGGUAACAUAAUUUUGGAUGGGAAGUGGGAAAUCAGAGGAGAUCCAGCAUACGUGAGAGCUGCCUGUGAGGCAAGCUUGAAGAGGCUUCAGCUUGAUUGCAUCGAUCUCUACUAUCAGCACCGGGUUGAUACCCGAGUUCCUAUUGAAGUCACGAUGGGUGAACUGAAAAAACUAGUGGAAGAGGGAAAGAUUAAGUACAUCGGAUUAUCUGAAGCUUCUGCUUCCACAAUUAGGAGAGCUCAUGCUGUCCACCCUAUAACAGCAGUUCAAUUGGAGUGGUCCUUAUGGUCUAGAGAUGCUGAGGAAGAAAUAAUUCCUACUUGUAGGGAACUUGGAAUAGGUAUUGUGGCAUACAGCCCUCUAGGAAGAGGCUUCCUCUCUUCUGGGCCCAAACUUCUAGAAAGUUUUCCUGAGAAUGAUCGCCGAAAGAUGCAUCCAAGAUUCCAACCUGAGAAUGUUGAACAUAACAAACGUAUAUUCGAGCGAAUAAGUGAAAUUUCAACAAGAAAGGGGUGCACUCCUGCUCAGCUUGCAUUGGCAUGGGUUCACCAUCAAGGAAACGAUGUCUGUCCCAUACCAGGCACCACCAAGAUUGAAAACUUCAACCAGAACAUCGACGCUUUGUCUGUGAAACUAAUGCCUGAAGAAAUGGCUGAGCUUGAAUCCUUGGCUUUGGGUGUUAAAGGUGAUAGAUAUCCAUCCUUAGCAAACACUUGGAAGUAUGCAGACACCCCUGAUCCAUCAACUUGGAAUGGUCAAUAAUUUUGCUAUUCCAUGAUGAGCUCAUUUAAGUUUCAGUUGAUUUCAGGAAGAAAAUUGUUCCAGAGAAGCUAACAAAAGCCCUUAAAAUGUAAUGUCACUUUCUUUUUGAAGUCUCUGAGUUCCACAGUUUAAUGAAAUAAGGUUGAUGGGCUUUUCAGUUU